AUGAACAUCGUAGGAACGACGGCAACGACGACGACGACGACGUGUAUCAUGACGACCGCCAAGGACUAUAUGGAGGAUCGUGGUUCUGGACUGAGGACAGGGUUGCCACGUCUGUUGCUCCAUCAGACAGAGAAGGCCGACAAGGUGGAGCUUUGGCGGUCACACAAAAAGUCGUCGUCUACUGGUCGGGAAGCAAGGAUGGCAGUGCCGAUGGGGACCUGGAACGGGAACGGGAACGGGAACGGGACGAUGGGAGGAAUGACAACAGCCACUGCAGCAACGGCACCGGUGGGUGGAGAGUUGGGUCGGAUGGCCACUUUCCAAGGUCUGUCAUCGUCAGAUAGGCAGAAGGUGUGCGGGUUUCAUAUGCACGCUCUUGAAUGGCACCACAUGCAGACCGUGGGCUUGGACGAGAUUCUUGCGACGGCGAGGCAGGCAAAGUGUGAAGUGUUCAACUUUUCGGUUGUCCGGUGGCUGGGUAACAAAGUCAAGACCAGUGUCGCCAACAGUUCCAAUAAUAUCUCCCCAUCCUCUGUUACCAACAACAACACCGGCUUGCCUACUUCUUUUCCUUUCAACCGCACUACCCAUGUCACCCCCAACAAGAGCAGCAGCAACACAGGUCUAGGUCUGAAAUUGUUCCACAAGAUCAGUUGUGAUUGUGGAGCGGAGGCUGUCAUCGCCAAAGGACCCACAAUAGCAUCGCCCUACCGACCACUAUCCAAGGAGAAGCAGUUCUUGGUCGUUUGUCGAGGACGAGCUUUCACGGACCCCCAAUACGAAAUAGUCGACCCAAAUCCAAACGAUAACCUCUAUGCCUACCAUGACCAUGACCGAAGCCGACUCGGAUUGUUGGGUGCAAAGAUCUCAAAGUGCAAAUUCUCCAUCUCGAUCGAUAUUGCGAUCUUUUGGUCGCAUCAUGCCCCGAUUCACAGUCGGAUCAAGAACAACGAGUGGCUCGCCCAACGUCUCUCACCGCCUCUUUCUUCUGACAAGAAACUCUCUUCUGACAAGAAACUUUCUUCCCACUCGCCGUCGCUGCCUAUUCCCAAGUCGUCCCGGUCUAGUCGCUUAUCGUCGUCUCGUCCUGUUUCUGCGCCUUCUCCCGUUUCACGGCUGCCUCCUGGGAGUACCGGUGUUAGUGUCUCCUCUUCUUCUCCUCGCCUGUCGGAUCUCAUGGUGUCGAGUAUCCAGAGAUCCUUGACCCUUGGCGAGACCUCAACCAGGCGAUCUUCCAGAACAACAACAUUAGCACACACCAAAUCCUCACCGAUUCCAACAAUUCCAGCUGGGGCACCACCAUCACGUCUUUUGACUGUCCGGGACUUUGGAACAUUGGAACACGCACCGUCGAUUCUACCGAAUGGGGAACUGAUGCAGGAACAACAGGAACCGCAGGACGGUACCAGGAAGACGAACGGUGCAAGUAAACUAAUGGGGUUGGACAAGGAGUUGGAGGAAACUGUCGCGUGGCAUGUGGCCGAGGUGACAUCGAUCAUGGAGGAUGCUGCUCAAGACCAUUGGUCAAGUCUAAUGCCGACGCAGAACGACUCUGAUGUACCCGCCUGGCAGCAGUACAGCAACUAUAAAGAAAUCGAUAUGACGGAGUAUCCUGGGAUUGCGAUGCAUCUCUGUCAAUGGUGCAAAGACAACGCGCGGGAUUUCUGUGUCGUCCCAUCUCUCAAGAACCAGCCUGAUCCUCCUUUGCUGACCAGUCCAGGGCGUACUUCUUCGAUGACAGGCAACAAUCCUAGGACUGGUGCUACGACCGAAUGGUCAAUCCCACCAUCACCACCCCGAUCCCCUGACGGACUGAUAGAAGCAAUCGAGCCGUAUACCGACAAAGACACAGCGACAGCAGACACGUACACGGAGCUGGAAAGGGUGGACAGAAAGUUGGAACGAGUGAUGCUUCGACACGCGACGGAGGUUCAAGAGGCAAUGGAAUCGCGAUCUCGUCUUUUUCCAGGUCUGUUGAUUUGUCGGGGUUGUGAGUUGCGUACGACGACGACGACGACGCGGGUUAGUGGUGGUAGUAGUAGUGGGAAUCGAGAUGUGUUACCGUGCUGUCAUGCAAUACUUUGUAUCGACUGCGUGGAAACGGUGGAGUUUUAUCUCGUGCCCCGGACCACUACUGCUACCGGCAGGAGCACCUCUAGCUAUGGCCCUGGAUAUGGGCUGUAUGACUAA